UUUUUAAGCGCCCUUUAUUAAGGACGGACCCUACUGGACGCCCCUUUCCUCUACGAAACACAGAAAAUGCCAAAAAAAAUUUGAAAAGUGUUGAGGGCGGCAUUGGACCACGUGGCGUCCCCUGCAAACUCGACCGUUGUAAUGUGCUCCUUAUUCAAGCAUGCCAGCCUUUACUUCAUAAUCUCCUUGUUUGCCAUCUCCCUCCUUGUCUCUCCCUCUGUCUAGAAUCAUCUCUCUCAUGGCGAUCGCUGCGGAGACCCAACCACAAGAGAAGGCUUCUUCAGAUGUUUCCGGAGUUGAGAAAAGAAGAUGGACACUUGAUGACUUUGACAUCGGAAAACCCCUCGGACGUGGAAAGUUUGGUCACGUCUAUUUGGCAAGAGAAAAGAGAAGCAAUCAUAUUGUGGCACUGAAAGUCCUCUUUAAGAGCCAGCUGCAACAGUCUCAGGUUGAGCAUCAGCUUCGCCGGGAAGUUGAAAUACAAAGUCAUCUACGACAUCCCAAUAUUUUACGCCUCUAUGGAUACUUCUAUGAUCAGAAAAGAGUUUAUUUGAUAUUAGAAUAUGCAGCCAAAGGUGAACUUUACAAGGAACUACAGAAGUGCAAAUACUUUAGUGAAAGACGUGCUGCUACUUAUGUUGCAUCAUUAGCCCGUGCCCUCAUAUAUUGUCAUGGAAAGCAUGUGAUACACAGAGAUAUUAAACCAGAGAACCUUUUAAUUGGUGCACAGGGUGAACUUAAAAUUGCUGAUUUUGGGUGGUCAGUGCAUACAUUCAAUCGUAGGCGAACCAUGUGUGGUACGCUGGAUUACCUCCCCCCUGAGAUGGUGGAGAGCGUGGAGCAUGAUGCAAAUGUGGAUAUUUGGAGUCUCGGUGUCCUUUGUUACGAGUUCCUUUAUGGGGUCCCUCCUUUUGAGGCUAAGGAGCACUCAGAUACAUAUAGAAGGAUUGUGCAAGUUGAUCUCAAGUUCCCUCCUAAACCAAUUGUCUCUUCUGCCGCAAAGGACCUCAUUAGUCAGAUGCUUGUCAAGGAUUCUUCUCAGCGCCUGCCACUACACAAGCUUCUUGAACAUCCAUGGAUUGUUCAGAACGCUGAGCCCUCGGGUGUAUAUAGGCUUUAAAUCCCUUGUCAGAUGUUGGUAAUUUUCUUAUCAAAGGCAUUGGCAUUCUAGCAGGUUCUUUGGAGUAGCAGAACUUUUUGAUUCUGUCUUUUGCAUUGUAUUUGUGACAUAAAACAGUUCAUAAUAUGAAUUGUUUUGGGGUAAAUAAGUAUUUUAAGCUUAUUUAUUUGAAACCUUAUUUAUUUGAAUCCUGCCAUACAAGUUCAUUGCAGUGGUCUGUUAGCUGUGCAGAAAAGAAUAUGAAUUCUCGAAUGUACUUGUUUGAGUUUUUAUUUUAAAAAAUUCUCACUAACCAAACUUCUCUCGAAUGUACUUGUUUGGCAAACAUGAUAAAUUUUCUAAAGAAUUUUAUUACUCAUUAUCCUGACACAACACACUUAUUUUAAAUUUUUUAACUUUUUUUAUUUUAUUCUUCCUAAAUUAAUUGAUUUUUCUACUCAUCAUCUAUAUACACUACAUAUUUGGUAAAAAAAAUAAAAAUUCUCAAAAUUUGUCGUAACUUCAUUCUCAAAUAUUACUCAAAUAAAAAAUAUUCUUCAAUUUCAAAUUUUUAAUUUUUUUCAUCUAAAUCAUUAUGCAAACAUAAAGUCAAUAUAACUUCUACAAAUUUUAAAAUAAAAUAAUAUUAAAAACUUACUUACAAAUAUAUUUUAUAAUUUUGUCCAUUCACUCUCACAAACUUCAAUAUAAUACUUACUUUUAUAUUAAGUUUUUCUCUCAUUUUUCAAAACUCAAUAUGCAUCUUUACUCAAACUAACAAAGUUUCAAGAUACUUUAAGCAUUCAUACAUGCCAUAAUCAUGCAUCAAGCAUAAAUAAUUUGAGUAGUCAUUAUUUAGUCAAAUACGAAUUUUUAUCACCCAAUAUUUGGGUUUUGGCAUCAAUUAAGCCUGGCUACUGUUUUUAACAGAAGAUGUUGGACCAAACAGAGUCCGCUUCUACAUUUUAUGUCAAACUGGGAAUGUCUUUAGCCAAUGACCCAUCUUUACAAUUCUCCCCGUCCAACAAUUGGGUUUGAGGUUCUUCCUCUUUCUUGACUUCAGUUACGUCUUUGGGGUCCAGAAAGCUAGGCUGGUUGGUCGAAGCAAGGAGUCUUGCCCACAUCCUAUCUGUAAUCACGACCUUGUUCUGCCUCUCAGUGACACGCUGCAUACCAAAAAAUUAGAAAAUAAGUCUAGAGAAAUUAUUGGCUUCACACUGUACAAUGAAUGAGCAAUUUGUUUGAGUUCACACUAUUUUUUAGUUUCA